AUGAAGUUGGAGGAGUCAAACCCCUGCCUCAGCAAGUCAACUCGCUUACCAAGAAAACGAUUUUACAGAGCUCGAGCUCACAGCAACCCACUCAGCGAUUCCCAUUUCCCAGUUCCAAUCUCCCCACACCAUGUAGACUACUCCCUUCACUUCCCUCAAUUCUUCCCAUCUCCCAAUUCCAAUUCCAAUUCCGAUUCCAGAAAGAUCGAAUUCGCCGACAUCGGAUGCGGAUUCGGCGGCCUUUUAAUCAGCCUCGCAACGCUCUUCCCCAACACCCUCAUGAUCGGAAUGGAAUUGCGAGACAAAGUAACGGAAUACGUGAAAGAACGGAUUCUAGCUCUUCGAAUCUCAAACCCUAAUCAAUACCAAAACGUCUCUGUAGUCCGAACCAAUUCCAUGAAAUACAUCCCGAAUUACUUCACAAAAUCACAGCUUUCAAAGAUGUUUUUCCUGUUCCCGGAUCCUCAUUUCAAGGAGAAGAAUCAUCGAAGGCGUGUCAUAAGCCCUUUUUUGUUGGAUGAAUAUGCUUAUGUGAUUAAAGAGGGUGGGAUUAUAUACACCAUUACAGAUGUUGAAGAACUUGGAGAGUGGAUGAAAACUUGUUUGGAGAAUCAUCCGUUGUUUGAAGGACUUACAGAUGAAGAACUUGAAGCGGAUCCUGUUGUGAAGCUUUUGAAAUGUGCAACGGAGGAAGGACAGAAAGUUGAGAGAAAUGGAGGGCAGACUUAUACAGCGGUUUUUAGGCGUAUUGCGAUGAUGUAG